AUGUCAGAAAGUUUAGCCAGCAUGCGGGUGCUCACAUUUAACUUGUGGGGAAUCUUUAAUUCGAAGAUGAAAACUGAGCGUAUGAUGCAUUUUGCUUCCAAAAUUGAGAAUUACGACGUUAUUCUUCUCCAAGAGCAAUUUGAUUCAAAGGAUUUAGAGCUUAUUAAGCAACAACUCUCGCCUGAAAUACGAGAGCGCUACCACUAUUCACGUUUUACGACCGGCUUUUAUGGCUGUGGUUGCGCUGUGAUCUCUCGAUAUCCCAUUUUAUCGGCCUUUUCCUAUGUAUAUCCACUUCAAGGGUUUCCGGAGAUGCUUCUCCAUGGGGAUUUCUUCGCAAACAAAGGAGUCGCUCGAGUGGUGGUAAAUGUACCUCUCUCAACCCCAAACAGAAAUAAUGGUGAGGUACGACAUCAACCGGUUAUCUUUUACAUCACUCAUCUUGUGGCCGCCUAUCAAAAAACACGUGAGCUUCCAAAUCGCAUGGAUGAGCGUUAUCUGCUGUUCCGUACUAGCCAAACGAUAUCACUGGCGAACUACAUCAUUAACACCUCUAGCCCCCGGAACUACCUCAUCAUAGGGGGCGAUUUCAACUCCUCCCAGGACUCGCUUGAGAUUCGCAUGAUGCUUAUUCUUCUUCGGGAUAAAGGCUACAAAAUGCAGUCGGUGCUUCCCUUGCCGGUCGACUUUGAGAAGGGGUGUGUGAAUAGGGCCAAAAAGCCCCUUUUGAUUGAACCCAUCCACAGCCUCUACACCUACUCCUACCGAAAUGCAUUUAACUCAUCCAGCACAUCCUAUUUCAAACUUCUAAAUCAGGAGGCCGAUAUUCCGUCCCAGAUUGAUCAUAUUUUUUAUUCUUCCAACACGUUUCAAAUGGCGUCUUUUGAGGAUUGCCCGGACGCCGCCGAGGGAUUUCCGUUUUAUCAAGAGCACGAGGGUGUGAGGGUUCCGAAUGGGGUGAUUGUCUUUACCGCGAAUGAGGUGCGCCGACGCUCGACGAGCAACUUCCUUGGGGGGUGGAUGCGAGUUUUUUAUAAUCGUCUUCGCGGUCUAGGCGCUGGGAUUGAGAGUUCUCAGACGCCUCACCUGAACAGGGCGAACAAAGAGGUCGUGAAGGAUAACAAUCCGGCGGGGUUGUAUCCAAUUUCCGACCACUAUGGAGUCGGGGCGCGGCUUAAUUUACUCGCGAAGUGGGAUGGCUACAACUCUAACUUCGCGGGUAGUGUGGUGAAUCCCACACUUCGGGUGGCGAACUUCACGCAGGAGGAUCUUGAGGUCACCAAGGAGGUCGUGAACCUUCUGCAGAGCCACGUUUUAAAACUUCGGAAGCAGAUGAAGGUGUUUCGGAUCAUAUCGGUAGUUUCAUUCGUUAUCGUGAUCAUCAAUGCCUACUCUAUGAUGCAGGCGAUGUCGGCACAAGAAAAUCGCACGGCUGAGCUGCUUCAACGGCUCUACAUCGUGAAAUCAGGGGUUACCUUCGCCGGUAAUGAAGGGACACCUACAUCCAACACUUGGAAUGAGGAGAUUAGAAACUUCUUUGGUAGAAACACUCAAACCUUCUUUUCAUUCAUUCCUAAUUGGUUUAAUUUGUGGGUAUCUAAAUUACUUCAGACGGUAGGUUUGGGUGGGAUCCUUGGGUUCGUCAAUGGUGCAUCUCAUUCAUUCACGACGAAUUUUGAUAGUAAAUGGUUAAAUAUUGAAACCGAACCAGAUUUCGGUUUCAUAGCUAAAAGCCUUGCCAAACGCCCAUUCUGGACAAAUGCAAUGUUUUCUUCAAUCAUCCAUGUGGUUGCUUCCUUGCUUGGCUUUUCUGCAUUUUUGAUUGGUAAUAUACAACGUUUAGGGAAUGCCAAAGUUUUGGGGGAUGAGGUCAACAUAAUUGUUCCUCUACUUUCACAAAAUAUCAGAGAGUUCAAAAAAUGGAACCCCAUACUAGCUUCCGAAAAUAAUGAUGAUGUUGGUAAAGAUAAUGGAGUUUAA